AAAGCAUUGUCGACAUGAUCAACAUCGAAAUCUUUCAAAUUACCUAGGUAAUUGAUAUUUUCAAUAACAAAGAAUUGUUUCAAAAAAUUCAUUCUCUCAAAAGAAUAAAUACACAGAAUUUUUUAAUUCGAGUUUCUGCAGCUUCAAUGCCGAUCAGGAGCAUUUCACAACAAUCAAAGAUCCUCAGCCUUGAGUUGAAAUAGGAGACUCAAUUCAAUACAAACGCGGCUCGAUCUAACAACAAAACCUGCAACAAAGAAUAUUACAACAAAAUCCAAUCUUACUCUAAUCUAUUCGAUCUCAAAAUGGAUCAAAUUUUCAAAAUCAAAGAUGCUGUCGUUAAUUACCUUUCUCCCGUCGCGAAGCGUCGUAGAACAAUGGGGGAACCUCAAACACCAGGUUACAUCGAAUUCGACGACGAACACCAGUUUCUUUCCGAACCACAAAAUAACAGGAGGUCUCUUGAUUUCGCAUAUGGUCGCACGGAUCAAAAUUAUACUCCGAAAGAAGAUAGAACGACGCCCACAAGAAAUCCCCUUAAACGUUCUCGCGAAGACGAUGAAGUUGAAGGACCUAUAUUUUCAGGAGAUGAUAUCUCGCCAAAGCAAGCUUCUUCGCACAACGUCACUGAGAGUGAUGAAGAAUCGGAGACUCCAGAUUAUAUGGAUGAAGACGAAGAUGAAGAAGAGGAAGAGGAUCUAAUUUCUGCCCAGCAAAAAGUAGAUGAAUAUCUUGCAAAGCAGGCUGCGGAAUUUGCUAUGGCAAAAGAGACGGUAGAAAGAGCUCGAGCAGAUGGCGAAUGGUCUCCCGAAGAACUCUUUUUAUUGGAAAGACUUCAAUACAUGGGCCAUGAAGGACUUUUGCCGCACUGGGCAAAGGAGCGGAAUUUUCGGACGGUUCCUGAGGCUAUGUUUUGCCCUGAUGACAAUGCCCUUUUGGGUGAGAGUAGUAAAUCUAUCCAAAUGUUAGAAUUCCUCGUCCAUUAUCUACCUCGUCGCGUACAUGAUAGAUACUAUGGUGGAUCGGGCCCGCCUGAAGCGCAGAUGCGACAAUGGAUUGGCAAAUACGUAGAAUGGACUGAAAGGGAUGGCGGUUACUAUAAGAAAAAGUUUAUUCCAGUUCUGUGCCUUGUUGAAGGUCGAUGGCGCGCGCCCGCUGCAGAAACAACUAAACGCCUCAAAGAUCAAAUGAAUUUUCAUGCUGAAUCAUGGCGUCGAACACUACUACGUCCUUCACCCAUUGUCAAUGAGUUUGGCGAGACAGAAAUAUACUUUCGACGUCCGCCUCUUAUUUAUGGAAUUCUUUACAUACAAGCCAAAGCUCUUUUCGUCACACUGGACUCUUCGGAUCCACAAGCAAAGAUUAGAGAUAUUCACGUUUGUGAUUUCUUAGAUACAAGCAAGCAUUUUUGGCAUGCUAUAUCCGUUGCCAUAGUGGCCAAAAUUGCGCAAAGAUAUAUGAUGUCGAUCGUUGAUACGUUGGAGGAUGACGACCCGCCGGAACCAGAUUCGUGUAGCGAAAAUGAAUUAGAAUCUGCACGUGCGAGGGAAAAGAGAUUGCAGAAAGAAGCAAAGAUGUUGGAGCGAGAAAAAGAGCGUCAACGCCAGGAAGACCUUUCGAGACUUGAGCAACAAAUGAAUCAAAUUAAGAUGGAAGAAGAGGAAGACAAUGUUUUGGAGUCCAUCGAGGAGUAUGAGAGAGUGGAGAUUAUUGAGGGUGAAGAAGAAGAACAGGAAGACUUUGAGGACGAUCGACCAUCAAUGUCGGAAUAUGACGAGGAAGAAGAGGAAGAAAUGGAGGUUGAGGUUGAUGAGGACGAAAACGAAAAUGAAAGUGGUGAGCAAAGUGCGGAUGAAGAAUUAAUUAGUGAUGAAGAUAUUGAGGAUGCUGAAGAGGACGUCGAAGAUGAAGAUGAGCCAGACGACAGCAAUGUUAGCAACGAAAGCGAUAACGAAAAGGUUGAAGUCGGAAAUCUCUACGGAACGGGACGUAGCCCUAGAUCAGCAAGCUCAGAUGAAUUGUAGCAACGCUAUCGCUCUACUGUUGUUUGGAAAGUACGUACAUAUUGAUUUUUUGUAUGAUUAUUCUGUUGGAUGUAAGAUUGCUACUUUCAAUUUUUCUUUCCUUCAAAGGUUCUUCGCCCGCAUCUACAUGCAGCAGUCACGCCACUGUAGAGUCGAUCCAACCAAAACGUAUUGAGAAUGCGCUCGGGCAAACUGGCUUCGAAGAGAUCAUUGUGAGGCAUCUAACAAAUUCUCUCUGAUAUUGGUACAUUAUGGAAUACCUGGAAAGGAUAAUACUAGGCAAGGGACUGGGUCGAGGGAGAAACCAUUAUGGAUUAUAAUUUUUUUGAUUUUCCUUCCAGCUGUUUUCCUGUCAUGAAAUACCCCCUUUCACUUUAGCGCAA